GGAGGGGCGGGAGGCGACAGUGGGAGGCGCCAGCGGAGGGAGUUCUGCUUGCUGAGCGUAAGCUCUAGGAACAGGAGAGAGGUGCCGGGCACAGGCAAAGCGCCCUCGGGGGCGGACACCUGGCGCCCACACCCCGCCAUGGUGCGCUCAGCGAGCCAGCUGCCGCCGCAGGUGAUCUUACUACUGCUGCUGUUGCUUCCCCUCGGAGCUGGAGACCCCCUUCCCACAGAGGGCCGGCUCAGGAACAGUUGUAUCCAGGCCAGGAGGAAGUGCCAGGCUGAUCCCACUUGCAAGGCUGCCUACCACCACCUGGGGUCUUGCACCUCUAGUCUGAGCACCCCAUUGCCCUUAGAGGAGUCUUCUGUCCCUGCAGACUGCCUAGAGGCAGCACAGAAACUCAGGAAUAGCUCUCUGAUAGGCUGCACAUGCUACCGACACAUGAAGAAUCAAGCUACCUGCCUGGACAUCUAUUGGACCAUUCACCCUGCCCGCAGCAUUGUUUUGCUAAAUUGCAGAGAUUGGCCUGGAACUUGGAAUCCUCCUACCUCAGCCUCCCAAACUGCUGGGAUUACAGGUGACUAUGAGCUGGAUAUCUCCCCCUAUGAAGACCCAGUGACUAGAAAACCCUGGAAAAUGAAUCUCAGCAAGCUGGACAUGCUCAAACCAGACUCCGACCUCUGCCUCAAGUUCGCUAUGCUGUGUACCCUUAAUGACAAGUGUGACCGGCUACGCAAGGGUUACGGGGAGGCCUGCUCAGGACAUCGCUGCCAGCGCCAAGUCUGCCUAGGACAGCUGCGUUCCUUCUUUGAGAAGGCUGCUGAGCCUCAUGCACAGGGCCUGCUGCUGUGCCCCUGCUUGCCCACCGACCGAGGCUGUGGAGAGCGUAGGCGCAACACUAUUGCUCCCAGCUGCGCACUGCCACCUGAGGUCCCCAACUGUCUGGAAUUGCAGCGCCUUUGUCUUCCGGAUCCACUGUGCAGAUCACGCCUGACAGAUUUCCAGAUCCACUGCCAUCCUAUGGACAUCCUGGGGACUUGUGCAACAGAGCAGUCCAGAUGUCUGCGAGCAUACCUGGGACUGAUUGGAACUACCAUGACCCCCAACUUCAUCAGCAGCAGCAACACUAGUGUUGCCUUAAGCUGCACCUGCCGAGGCAGUGGCAACCUCCAGGAGGAGUGUGAACGACUGGAGAGGUCCUUCUCCCAUAACCCCUGCCUCAUGGAGGCCAUUGCAGCUAAGAUGCAUUAUCACAGCCAGCUCUUCUCCCAGGACUGGGAAAACCCCACCUCUUCUAUAAUAGAGCACCAGAAUAAUCCUGCUCUGAGGUCACAGCCCUGGGUGCCCUUUCUUUUCUCCUGCACAUGUACCUUGAUUCUACUUUGGAGCCUCUGGUAGCUGAACUUUCCCAGAGGCCUUCUUCCCUGCCACCACACCCAGCCUGAUUGCAACCUUUGAAGGGUGAGAAAAGAACAGCAUCCAAAAGGAGGUGUAGUGUACAAUAUGGCAACUCCAACCCAACCUGGGACAUGCAGUUGGCUCCAGAUGAGGCCACAAUGGAUGCUACGGGCUAUGAUCUCCAGAUCCUAAUUAGCUAAUUCUUAUUCCCUCCUGACCCUCACUUCUGACUCAGGCUGCCCUCCUUAGGAUUUGGUGGCCACUGUGUAGCCAUAUCUUCUGGUGGUGACUAGCUCCACCAGGCUGUCUCCUCCCUUCCUCCCAUCCACCAUGAUCACCCAGAAUCUAACAAAUCAGUCAUUCCCCAUUGCAUUCUUCAGGUAGGCAGGGUUGGAAGUUCUGAGGCAGCCUAGAAAGACAUUCUGUUUGUGAAGAAGCCUGGAGCAAUACUCCUGACCUCUUAUUCCCUCCUUUGAACAGAGGAUGGGAACCUUCUGCUUGCCCUGCUCUGCCCUGGAAUCCUGGAGAACAUUUGGGAAAUGGGAGCUGAAACCUUUGGGCCUUGCUUUAUUCCUACUGCUGUUCUAAAGUCCCUGGCCUCUUACAUUAUGAUUAAACAUUUUGACCUAA